AUGGUGAAAGACCAAGACGCCUUGACCUUAUUUGGGCCUGUUCUCAUACCAUCCGAAAAUGAGGACUUGGAGUCAAAAGCCGUUGCAGAGAAAAUGACAAAUACAAACUCACUCUAUGACAACGAAAUUCCUGCAUCCAUGCGGGCAUAUAUCAAAGAGCGUGCGGCCACGGCUUGCAAAGAUCUUUUCCACAACCCCGAGAAAGAAGUAACAAUUCCAAAGUGGUAUAAGGGGGAGAACGAUGAUGCAGAGGAGCAGGGGGAACCUGGGCUCCUUGAGGGGGAUGAUGCAUUCAAAGCGACACUGAUACAAGAUAAAGAAGGUACGGGUGCGGACAUGCUGCAGGAAUACGGUAUGCACGGUCGACAAACCGCAUUUGCUGUCUGCGUAAGAGUCGUGCCGCGUCAUAUGUUCAGCAACUGGGACAGGCAGCUACGCGACCACGCGAAGGCGUCAAUUCGCGAGAAUUGA